AUGUCUCAUUUUUCGCUUUUUAUCUUUAUUUUUAUUUGUGUAUCUUGUCUAGUAGUUAUUUCUCAUGCAAUAAACAAUGGUUUUAGUGUUGAACUGAUUCAUCGUGAUUCUUUCAAAUCACCACUUUACAACCCAUCACAAACUAAAUUUGAAAGAAAUUUUAAUGUUGUGCAUCGGUCAAUCAAUCGUGCUAAUUAUUUAUACAAGAAACUUUCUUCUACUAAAAACAAACUUGAGUCAUAUCUGCCUCAUGAUAACGGUGAGUAUCUCAUGAGUUAUUCAGUUGGUACUCCACCAUUUCGAGUUUAUGGGAUUUUAGAUACAGGUAGUAACUUGAUCUGGCUUCAAUGCAAACCUUGUAAUCCAUGUUACAACCAAACCUCUCCUAUUUUUGAUCCUUCAAAAUCUUCCAGUUACAAAAAUAUUCCAUGCUCUUCUAGAACAUGCAAAUCUAUGGAAGGUACUUCUUGUUCUUAUGAUAUAGAUGCUUGCCAAUAUAAGUUGGAUUAUACUGCUGAAUCAUAUACACGUGGAGAACUUAGCAUAGAGACUCUUACGUUGGAUUCUGCCUCCGACUCUUUUGUCUCGUUUCCUAAAAUUGUUAUAGGAUGUGGGCACAAUAAUGCUGAACCAUUGUAUAAUGGUCCAAAUUCAGGUGUAAUUGGCUUUGGAAGUGGAGAUACGUCACUAGUAAAACAAUUAGGAUCUUCAAUUGGGGGAAAAUUCUCAUAUUGUUUUAUUGAUGGGUACAAUAACAAGUCUAAUAGAUCUAGCAAACUCAGUUUUGGAAAUGAUGCUAUUGUUACCGGUGAUAAUGUUGUUUCAACUCCUAUGGUCAAAAUGGUAGGGAAUUUUACAAAAGACAAUUACUUCGUAACUAUGAAAGCAUUUAGUGUGGGAAAUAAAAGAAUAAAGUAUAGAGGGUUCAAACGUGUAGGAACAAAUGCUUCUACCGAUAACAUCAUAAUUGACUCUGGUACAAAUUUAUGUAUUCUUCCACAACGUGUUUACUAUAAGAUGGAAUCAGCUUUGAAAAAAUUGGUUAAAUUACCACGUUUUCACGAUGACGGAGGUACAUUCCGCCUUUGUUACAAUACCACAUCCAAACAAGACUUUCCACCGAUUACGGCACAUUUUAAAGGUGGAGAUGUUAAGUUAGAUUCAGGGGGCGCCUUUUAUCCCCUAUACGAAGGGGUUGAAUGCUUUGCAUUUAUUCCAUAUAAAAAUGGAUUAGGCAUCUUUGGAAACAUGGCACAAGUGAAUUAUUUGGUUGGUUAUGACCUCCAUAAAAAUAUUGUGUCUUUCAAGUCUACUGAUUGUACCAAAUAUUGA